AUGGAUGUUGACACCAGAUCUGAUGCUACACUGCGUACCAACUCCGCCAUUUUAAGAAAGAAGUCUAGCCUAAGGACACAUGUUGGAAAUUUGACCGGGUUGAUAAAUUUAGGCCGAAGACUCAAGACCAUACAGAGAGAAGCCUUCGAGAGGAAAUAUGGGAAUUUGUUGAGUUUAAUGGAGGUGAAAGUACAGUUGCCCGCUAUUACAGCUCUAGCUCAGUAUUAUGAUCCUCCACUGAGAUGUUUCACCUUCCAGGACUUCCAGCUGGCGCCAACUGUAGAAGAAUUUGAGCAUAUUCUGGGCUUGCCAUUAGAGGGUACCAAGCCAUAUCAGCACUUGGAGCAUCAUGCCUCUGUUUCUACCCUUGCUGCUAUAAUGAAACUACAGCCCAAUGAAUUGGAGAACCGGUUGAUAACGAGACAUCAAAUGCGGGGGCUGACACAAGGAUACCUUGAACAAUAUUUGCACGACCUGGGCGAUAGGGAAGAAUGGGAGACCUUCAUAGAUGUACUAGCCCUCACUGUGUUUGGCAUUGUCCUGUUUCCCAAGCUGGAAGACUUUGUAGAUUACACUGCUAUUGAUGUCUUCGUGGCAAAAAAGACGAGAUCAGAAAACCCCGUAACAGCAGUCCUCGCAGAUGUGUAUGGGACUAUGAGUUUUUGCCAUGAGAGAAAAGGGAAGAGGAUUCUUUGUUGUUUGCCGGCGUUAUAUGCGUGGAUGACGGCACGAGUAUUUAAGGGGGUAAUCGAUGUUAGAAGUUCACCUGAGAAUCUGUCGCAUCAAGGAGGUAAUGGGUGGGCUCUUUUCUUUGCCGGUUUGAGGGAAGGAAACGUAAAAUGGCGCCUUCCUUGGCUUGAGACUAAACCAUCUAUCCAACAUUGUGGCAACUUCCCUAACAUACCUCUCAUAGGCGCUAGGUAUUGUAUUAACUACAACCCUGUUUUGGUCCAAAGACAGUUCGGAUAUCCUAUGAAGGGGGCGCCUUCACCAGAUUAUCUCACAGCCUUCUUCAUCUACUAUGAGGACGGACAUUGUACUGAAAUAUUGAGGAAAGUCAGAAGUGCUUGGGAAAAUGUGGUGCGAGCAGAGAAGGACCUGAGGAGUGGAGUGAUGGAUAGCAGGGUUAGUUAUCAUACCUGGAUUCUGGAGAGGGUAAGAGAUGUCAAGUUGCCUUUCAAGCCCAUCAAUGAUCAAUCGGCGAGUGAAGGAACAUCCUAA